AUGCUUCGGAUUAAACUUGCCAAGAUUCGAGAGGAGCAGAUGAAAGAAGUAGGCAAACUUGACCCUCAAACCCACGGACGUCCCUUGACAAAAGUGAAACGUGCACUCUCUGAUGAUGAAGAAGAUCUUGAGAAAAAGCUUCACAAAAAAGUUGAUCUGGACGAGCUCGAGGCUCCUGAGCUUGAUGAUGAGCAAAAGGAAAUGCGGUGGAGGCAGCUUUCUCACGAUCAGUUAGAAAUAGCUACUUUGGAACUAUACGAACGAGGUGAAUAUAGUCCGAGGUAUCAAUCUAUGACAGACACUAUGCCAGGUAUUGAAAUUUUGGACGAAGAAGCCGACAUGAAAGAUAUGCUUCAACGAAGGAAAGAAAAUAAGAAGCAGCCUUCCGGAACCACGGUAUGUUUAGUACGGUUUAUAUGGGUUGUUGGGUUCUAA